UGAGAUAUUAGCAGGCAGGGUGGAUCUCCGGCUGACGUCUCCUCCUCUCUUGCUCCUCCUCGACGCGCUUUUAAUUGAACCCAGUAAGCGUCGCCUCCUGACAUCGGGGAGAGAGAGGGGGGGGAGACGACGGCGCCACCAACUGUGCCGACAAACAAGCUACUGACAGCCGCUGUCGCAGUCUGCUUAGCUGCGGGAGACAAGACGAGAACAUCCGACGCUUCCCCCCCAUCAAGCCUAUUUUCCCCGCUUCAGCAUAAACACAGAAAAUGGACGAAAAGGUGUUUACGAAGGAGCUGGAUCAAUGGAUCGAGCAGCUAAACGAAUGCAAACAGCUCACGGAGGGACAAGUGAAGAAUUUGUGCGAAAAGGCCAAGGAGAUCCUGACGAAGGAGUCCAACGUGCAGGAGGUGCGAUGCCCUGUGACGGUGUGCGGCGACGUGCAUGGCCAGUUCCAUGACCUUAUGGAGCUUUUCAAAAUUGGCGGCAGAUCUCCUGACACAAACUACCUGUUCAUGGGCGACUACGUGGACCGGGGCUACUACUCCGUGGAGACCGUCUCUUUACUUGUAGCACUUAAGGUUCGUUUCCGGGAGCGCAUCACCAUCCUGCGCGGCAACCACGAAAGCAGACAGAUCACGCAAGUGUACGGUUUCUACGACGAGUGUCUGCGCAAGUACGGCAACGCCAACGUGUGGAAGUACUUCACUGACCUGUUCGAUUACCUCCCGCUCACCGCCUUGGUCGACUCUCAGAUUUUUUGUCUUCACGGCGGUUUGUCACCAUCGAUUGACACACUGGACCAUAUUAGGGCGCUAGAUCGUUUACAGGAAGUGCCUCAUGAGGGUCCCAUGUGCGACCUGCUGUGGUCAGACCCAGACGACCGUGGCGGCUGGGGCAUCUCGCCGCGGGGGGCCGGCUACACCUUUGGCCAGGACAUCUCGGAGACGUUCAACCACGCUAACCGCCUCACGCUUGUGUCUCGCGCCCAUCAGCUGGUCAUGGAGGGUUACAACUGGUGCCACGAGAGGAACGUGGUGACGAUAUUCAGCGCUCCCAAUUACUGCUAUCGCUGCGGCAACCAGGCAGCCAUCAUGGAGCUGGACGACACCCUCAAAUACUCCUUCUUGCAGUUUGACCCAGCGCCUCGCAGAGGGGAGCCCCACGUCACUCGCCGCACCCCAGACUACUUCUUGUAAUCUGCUUUGAAAAUCCACCCCUCUAGUACAGUGUUGCCAUAUAAUGGAUGACACAGCAGUAGCACACAUUGUUUCCUCACACAACAACUUAUUUAAGCAUUUAGCAAGAAAUGCGUGUGUGUGCGUGAGUGCGUCUGUGGAAGGACCAAAAGAUGUGCCAUAAAUCCUCACGUUAUGAAUUUCCUGUCUUGCAUUAGGAAAUAUCUCACCCGGAAAAUCAAUGAAUCAAUCAAGUUCACUUGAUGGUUAGUACAGACAAUGGAGGAAAAAAAAUAGUAUAUAUCAACCUUAAAAUAUAUAUUGAUGAGAUGGGAAGAUCUGUUUGCACUUUUGUAAAUCUUGAGAAAUGUAACAUAAAAUGAAGACGAAUGAAGACAAUAUUUACAUUUUCUUUUUGUUAUAAAAAACGGUCCAGAGAACAAGGUUUUACCUGAGGUGUCUUGUCGAAUGCGUGAAGGUGUGUGUGUGUGUGUGUAUAAAGAUCAUCAACGCACUGAUCGUAACCAAAAAGUUGUGUUAACAGAGAUGUGAAGAACAAUAAAGGUGGCUCCUUCAUGA